AUGUCUCAAGUUCGCAAACGCCGGGCGACCAACGCCGACCCCUCCUCAUCCCGACGCCAACGACCACGCAGCGACUCCGCCUCCCCAGCAGCAGACAUGUCUGACAGCGACAGCGACAAUGGCGCACCAUCCAGUCUAGACGCCAUGGUCAAAAAGAUGGUGCGCCUUGCACUGGCGAGCGAGUACUCGCGACUACCCAUCCGGCGCACGGAUAUCAGUACCAAGGUACUUGGUGAACAGGGUACUCGACAGUUCAAGGCGGUCUUUGAGGCGGCGCAGAAGCUGUUGCGGAGUAAAUUUGGCAUGGAGAUGGUUGAGUUGCCCGCGAGGGAGAAGGUGACUAUAGGGCAGCGGCGGGCCGCCCAAAAAUCUGAAAAACCAUCCAGUAGCACCAAAUCCUGGAUCCUCACUACCACUCUCCCCACCGCAUACCGCACACCCGCCAUCAUCCCGCCCACACGCGCACCCUCCACCACCACCGAAAGCACCUACACCGCACUAUACAGCUUUAUCAUCGCCGUAAUCUCGCUAAACGGCGGUUCAUUGGGUGAGCAGAAACUCACGCGGUACCUGCGCCGCAUGAACGCGGAGGACUACACGCCCAUUGACAAGACGGAUAAAUUGCUCGCGCGGCUGUGUAAGGAGGGGUAUCUCGUGCGGACGAAGGAGUCGGAUGGUAACGAGGAGAUUGUUGAGUUUAUGGUUGGGCCGAGGGGGAAAGUUGAGGUUGGGAGUUCGGGGGUGGCGGGUCUUGUGCGGGAGGUUUAUGGGCGUGGACGGGGUGCUGGUGCUGGUGCUGGGGAGGAGGGAUCUACGCAGUUGGAGCGUGAGAUGAGGGCGGAGUUUGAAGAGAGACUUCGACGCAGUUUGGGGAUUGUGGGUGUGCGUGAGCACGAGGAGGAGGAGGAGGAGGAGGAAGACGAGGAGCAUCGGGAGGAAGAGCGUACGGUUAAUGGCCGUGGUGGUGCUGGAGAAGCAGUUCGAAGUGCGAGGACGAGUGGAGCACCGAGACGGUCUUCGAGGAGGGCUACUACUGCACACGAGUCUGAGGCUGAGUCUUCCAGUGAGGAAUCAGACACGGAGGAUUCGGUCAAGUAUGAGAGCGAUUGA